AUGAAAAAUGAAUUACGUUCGAAUGUAGAUUUGGUUGGUUAUAUCUAUCUAUCUAUCUAUUUAUCUAUCUAUCUAUCUAUCUAUCUGAGUCUGUUCAUAUCUGUAUAUCUAUCUAUCCGAGUCUGUUCAUAUCUAUCUAUCUAUCUAUCUAUCUAUCUAUCCGAGUCUGUUCAUAUCUAUCUAUCUAUCUAUCUAUCUAUCUAUCAAUCUAUCUAUCUAUCUAUCCGAGUCUGUUCAUAUCUAUCUAUCUAUCUAUCUAUCUAUCUAUCUAUCUAUCCGAGUCUGUUCAUAUCUAUCUAUCUAUCUAUCUAUCUAUCUAUCUAUCUAUCUAUCUAUCUGAGUCUGUUCAUAUCUAUCUAUCUAUCCGAGUCUGUUCAUAUCUAUCUAUCUAUCUAUCUAUCUAUCUAUCUAUCUAUCUAUCUAUCUAUCCGAGUCUGUUCAUAUCUAUCUAUCUAUCUAUCUGAAUCUGUUCAUAUCUAUCUAUCUAUCUCUAUGCGUAUAUGUAUCUAUCUUUUCAUUUCUACCUGUCUGUCGGCCUAUCUAUUCAUUUUUAUCGAUCUAUUUAUCAUUUCUAUCUAUCUAUCUAUCUAUUUCUUUCUUUCUUUCUAUCUGUUCAUUUCUAUGCAUGUAUGUAUCUAUCUAUCUCUUCAUUUCUACCUAUCGGCCUAUCCAUUUUUAUCUAUUUAUCAUUUCUAUUUAUCCAUUGCUAUCUAUGCAUCUAUCUAUCUAUUUCUUUCUUUCUUUCUCUAUCAUUUCUAUUUAUCCAUUUCUAUCUAUUUCUUUCUUUCUUUCUUUAUCUAUCAUUUCUAUUUAUCCAUUUCUAUCUAUUUCUUUCUUUCUUUCUUUCUUAAUCUAUCAUUUCUAUUUAUCCAUUUCUAUCUAUCUACCUAUUUCUUUCUUUUUUCUAUCUAUCAUUUCUAUUUAUCCAUUUCUAUUUCUUUCUUUCUUUGUUCUAUCUAUCUAUCUAUCUAUCUAUCUAUCUAUUUAUCUAUCUAUCUAUCUCAGUCUGUCUAUCUGUACAAACACGCACCCACCGUAUGA